AUGCCAGGAAAGCCCAAGCACCUGGGUGUCCCCAACGGGCGCAUGGUUCUGGCUGUCUCAGAUGGAGAGCUGAGCAGCCCGACGGGGCCCCAGGGCCAGGGUGAGGGCCGUGGCAGCUCCCUCAGCAUCCACAGCCUUCCCAGUGGCCCCAGCAGCCCCUUCCCCGCGGAGGAGCAGCCUGUGGCCAGCUGGGCCCUGUCCUUUGAGCGGCUGCUGCAAGACCCGCUGGGACUGGCUUACUUCACCGAGUUCCUAAAGAAGGAGUUCAGCGCGGAGAACGUGACUUUCUGGAAAGCCUGCGAGCGCUUCCAGAAGAUCCCAGCCAGUGACACCAAGCAGCUAGCCCAGGAAGCCCGCAACAUCUACCAGGAGUUCCUGUCCAGCCAGGCGCUGAGCCCCGUUAACAUCGACCGGCAAGCCUGGCUCGGGGAGGAGGUGCUGGCCGAGCCCCGGCCGGACAUGUUCCGGGCACAACAGCUUCAGAUCUUCAACCUGAUGAAGUUCGACAGCUACGCGCGCUUCGUCAAGUCCCCGCUGUACCGUGAGUGCCUCCUGGCCGAAGCCGAGGGGCGCCCCCUGCGGGAACCCGGCUCCUCGCGCCUCGGCAGCCCGGACACCACGAGGAAGAAGCCGAAGCUGAAGCCUGGAAAGUCGCUGCCGCUGGGCGUGGAGGAGCUGGGGCAGCUGCCGCCGGCCGAGGGCCCCGGGGGCCGCCCGCUGCGCAAGUCCUUCCGCAGGGAGCUGGGCGCAGUCACAAACUCCGCCAUGCGCCGGGAGUCUCAGGGCUCCCUCAACUCCUCAGCCAGUCUGGACCUCGGCUUCCUGGCCUUCGUCAGCAGCAAAUCUGAGAGCCACCGGAAGAGUCUUGGGGGCCCCGAGGGGGAGAGCGACAGCCGGCCAGGGAAGUACUGCUGCGUGUACCUGCCCGACGGCACCGCCUCCUUGGCCCUGGCCCGACCCGGCCUCACCAUCCGAGACAUGCUCGCCGGCAUCUGUGAGAAACGAGGCCUCUCGCUGCCUGACAUCAAGGUCUUCCUGGUGGGCAAUGAACAGGCCCUGGUCCUCGAUCAAGACUGCACCGUGCUGGCGGACCAGGAAGUGCGGCUGGAGAACAGGGUCACCUUGGAGCUGGAGCUGGUGGCGCUGGCGCGCGUGGUGCGGAUCUCGGCCAAGCCCACCAAACGGCUGCAGGAGGUGCUGCAGCCCAUUCUAGAGAAGCACGGCCUGAGCCCACAGCAGGUGUCGCUGCAGCGGCCAGGCGAGAAGCAGCCGCUGGAUCUAGAGAAGCUGGUGAGCUCGGUGGCCGCCCAGAGGCUGGUUCUGGACACUCUUCCAGGUGUGAAGAUCCUCGAAGCCAGGGACACAUCCCCCCGCCGCAGUCAGGGCUGCCCUCCUGGAACCCAGGACAAGGCCGCCCAUCCCCCUUCGCUGCUGGAGGCUCCCAGUGGUGCCACUGCGAAGAGGCAGACCUGUGACAUUGAAGGUCUUGUGGAGCUGCUGAACCGGGUGCAGAGCAGCGGGGCCCACGACCAGAGGGGCCUGCUGCGCAAAGAGGACCUGGUGCUCCCAGAAUUCCUGCAGCUGCCUGCCCAAGGGCCCGGCUCCCAGGAGGCCCCACCACAGACCGAAUCAGCCACCCAGCCCAGCGCAGGGCCCUCAGACUCCACUGCCCGCCCGGCCCUCUGACAGCUGCCCAGACACCCAGGCUGGCUGCAUGGCACCUGUUGGGCUGCGCAUGCCCUAAGUCCCGCUGCAUGCCCUGUUCAUGCCCCGAGGGUUCCU